GUUCAAUAAUGCGGUAACCUCACCUCUUUCUACCCCCCUCCGCUGCGAGAUCUACAACCUCGUCCUCCUCCUCAUCCUCCUCGGAUCCGACGAACCCCCCCUUCUUAUGUAUGUAACUCGUGCCAACACCCCCCGACCCCCUUUCUCACUCCUCAACGUGGUAAGUUGAAGAUGAUGGGUCCGGACACCGCCGGUGGGAUCGGGUCACUGCCCCCGCACGACGACGCCAUGGAAACCCUCGUCCUCACCCCCUCCGACCAUAGCGAUCCCCUCCUCUUCCCCUCUCCUUCUCCUCCUCCUCCUCCUCCUCCUCCUCCUCCGCUCUAUCCUAUAUCCCCUACCUCCUCCCCUUCCUCCUCCUCCUUCCUCGACCCCCCUUCCUACGCCGACGUCGUCUUCAGCCCCUUCGACUCCCCCAACUCCGCCGCAGGCGCACGCGCCGGAGACGACGACGGAGGCGGCGCCUCCUCCCUCCGCCGCGGCGGAUCAGGUGGCUGCGGCGGCGGCGGCGGUGCCGCCGAGUACCUCUGGAUCGAGGUCACCGACCCCCAGAAGGAGCAGGACCCGGCCGCCGCCUCCGCCGCCUCUCUCGUCUCCGGCUCCGGAUCCACCUACGUCAGCUACCUCGUCGCCAGCGCGGGGCGCGACGGAUCCGAGCGCCGCGUGCGGCGGCGCUUCCGCGACUUCGUAACCCUAGCCGACCGGCUCGCCGAGGCCUACCGCGGCUUCUUCGUCCCGCCCCGGCCCGACAAGAGCGUGGUGGAGUCGCAGGUGAUGCAGAAGAGCGAGUUCGUGGAGCUGCGCCGCGCCGCGCUCGAGCGCUACCUGCGCCGCCUCGCGGCGCACCCGGUGAUCGCGCGGAGCGACGAGCUCAGGGUCUUCCUGCAGGCGCAGGGCAAGCUGCCCCUCCCGGCGACCACCGACGUCGCGUCGAGGAUGCUCGACGGGGUGGCGAAGCUGCCGGGCCAGCUGUUCGGGGAGGCCCCCGCGGGGUACGCGGCCGCGCCCCAGGACGUGGUGCAGCCGGCGAAGGGGGGCAGGGACCUGCUCAGAAUUUUCAAGGAGCUCAAGCAGUCGGUGGCCUACGACUGGGGCGGCGUGAAGCCCCUCGUGGUGGAGGAGGAUAAGGAGUUCUUGGAGAGGAAGGAGAAGAUCCUGGAUCUGGAGCAGCAGUUGACCACCACAUCCCAGCAGGCCGAAGCACUUGUUAAAGCACAGCAGGAUAUUGGUGAAACCAUGGGAGAGUUGGGGUUGGCGUUCAUCAAACUAGCAAAGUUUGAAACUGAGGAAGCAAUUUUUGACUCUCAAAGAGCACGAGCUGCUGAUACCAAAUGUGUUGCUACCGCUGCAGUUAAAGCCAGCAGAUUGUAUCGAGAAUUGAAUGCUCAAACAGUUAAACAUUUGGACACUUUACAUGAAUACUUGGGGUUAAUGUUGGCUGUUAGUAAUGCAUUCUCAGAUCGGGCAAGUGCACUGCUGACUGUACAAACACUUAUGUCAGAUCUGUCAUCCUUGCACGCGAGGGCUGAGAAACUUGAAGCUGCAUCUUCAAAGAUAUUUGGUGGUGAUAGAACGAGACUUCGCAAAGUAGAGGAGCUUAGAGAAACAAUACGAGCUACUGAAGAUGCUAAAAGCUGUGCAAUCAGAGAAUAUGAAAGGAUUAAGGAAAACAACCGCAAUGAGCUUGAGAGGCUGGACCGAGAAAGACAUGAUGAUUUUCUCAGCAUGCUUAAAGGAUUUAUAAUAAAUCAGGUUGGGUAUUCAGAGAAGAUUGCAAGUGUCUGGGCAACAGUGGCUGAUGAGACGCGGGGAUAUGCAAGAGAGAGUGAUUAGAGAAAAUGUAAAUUCAGCUCUGGUACUCUUAGUUCUUACCCUUUCUACACUCGCACAUGCAUGUACACUGUAAUUCAGGCGAUUGGAGAAAAGGACCAAUGCCGUAAUAAGCAGGUUUUCAGGUAGUUCUUUUGUCAAUAUGUAUUACGCCUGUUCUUUUAUUCGGUCUUCUCCUGCAUUCCCUAUCCCACAUCACCUUUAUCUAUCUUGGAUACCAUCUAUGCUGAUAGAAACAUUGAGCAAUUCCUGGUCAAGAGAAUUUGUACAUUGUGAUAAGAAUAUCGCUGUCAGGACAUUGAAGUUCACAAUGAAUGGAGGCCGCUUCUUGUGAAAUUGUUGUGUUGAUUGGUAAGACAUGAAAAACUCGAUGGUUGAUAUUUGAUAAGAGAGGGUAGCGUAGUAUUUCUUUUUUCUUUUUUUUUUUUUCCCUCAUCUCGAUUGUUAUUUGGUUGUGAGGAUAUUGUAGUGAAUAGAACUGUUUCUGCCUUAGUUGAACUGAAGCUUCUUGUUUAACUUGCUAAGCUACUUAUUCGAAGGAAGUGUUUUGUUGGAAGAAUCUGAUGUUUUAAAUAGAAACAGGAAUUGCUUUGAUUCUUA